CGCAGCGGCCGCGGAUGGGGGUCGGGGUGUGUGUGGGGGGGGGGAGGCGCUGAGGCCGCGGCCCGGCGGCCGUGACGGGCUCCGGGAUCUGUGAGGGGCUCCGGGAGCGAGCGGCCCGCGGAGCCUCCCUCGCGCCCCGCCCCGGCCCGCCCCUCUCCCGGCGUGCCCCGGCGGCGGCCAUGGCGGACAGCGGCGGCAGCGGCCGAGGGCCGCCGUGUCCCGGGCCCGCGGCCGCGGUUCUGCGGCGCUGGGAGCAGCUGCGGCGGCGGGCGGCGGCGGCGGCACCGUGGGCCCGCGGGCUCCUGGCCGUGGUCGCUGGGCUCGGGCUGUUCUACGUUGUGCUGCGGAUGCCGCUGAGGCUCCGGGAUGGUCUGGCGGCCGUGACUGUGUUCUUAAGCACUUUGACUCCGAAAUUCUACUUUGCCCUUACAGUGACCUCAUCUUUUAUAUCUGGGCUGAUAUUUGUGUUUGAGUGGUGGCAUUUCCGAAAGUACGGCACGUCUUUCAUCGAGCAGGUCUCUGUGAGUCACUUGAGGCCCCUCAUUGGUGGUGCAGAAAACAACCCUCCAGGACCAGCUGCAUUCUCUGCUGCAGAGAAUGAGACGAGCAGGCAGAAUAUGCCAGAGUGCAAAGUGUGGCGAAAUCCUCUCAAUCUUUUCAGAGGGGCAGAGUACAGCAGAUACAUGUGGGUGACUGGAAAGGAGCCUCUUACAUACUACGACAUGAAUUUGUCUGCUCAAGAUCAUCAGAACUUUUUCACGUGUGAUACAGAUGCCCUUCGCCCUUCUGACACAGUUAUGCAGAAAGCGUGGCGAGAGAGAAACCCUCAAGCCCGGAUUAAAGCAGCAUAUCAAGCUUUAGAGUUGAACAAUGACUGUGCCACUGCCUAUGUCCUCCUGGCUGAGGAAGAAGCAACAACUAUUGUGGAUGCUGAGAAGUAUUUCAAGCAGGCUCUGAAAGCAGGAGAAAUGAUUUACAGAAAGUCUCAGAACUGCCAUUCCCAAAGCCCUCAGCACGAAGCACAGCUGAGGAGAGACACCAAUGUAUUGGUAUAUGUGAAAAGGAGACUUGCCAUGUGUGCAAGAAAACUUGGAAGAAUACGAGAAGCAGUAAAAAUGAUGAGAGAUUUGAUGAAAGAGUUUCCACUUCUCAGCAUGCUGAAUAUUCAUGAAAACCUCCUGGAGGCACUGCUGGAGUUACAGGCUUAUGCAGAUGUCCAGGCAGUUUUAGCAAAAUAUGAUGACAUCAGUCUUCCCAAAUCUGCAGCAAUAUGUUACACAGCAGCCCUGUUAAAAGCCAGAGCUGUUUCAGAAAGGUUCUCCCCAGAAACUGCCUCCAAAAGAGGACUUAGUACAGCAGAAAUUAAUGCUGUGGAAGCAAUUCACAGAGCUGUGGAAUUUAACCCUCAUGUUCCAAAGUAUUUACUAGAAAUGAAAAGUUUAGUGCUACCUCCAGAGCAUAUUCUGAAACGAGGGGACAGUGAGGCAGUAGCAUAUGCUUUCUUUCACCUCCAACACUGGAAGAGGAUAGAAGGAGCUCUAAAUCUGCUGCACUGUACAUGGGAAGGCACAUUUCAUGAAGUCUCCGUUUACCCCCAGAAGGAGCUUCCCUUUUUCAUCCAUUUCACAGCAGGCCUGUGUUCCUUCUCAGCAAUGCUUGCUCUCCUUACACACCAGUUCCCUGAGCUGAUGGUCAUUUUUGCUAAAGCUGUGCUGCGGGUGCUGUGGCCUGUGAGUGCUCCCAGUGUCCUGGCCUCCAGCUGAGUGGACUGUGUUGGGUGCCUUGGGACUUUUCUUUCACCCUCCAGCUUUGUUAUGGAAAACAUCAAGGUCCUCCUGCUGUCCAGUCUCUGGCCUCAGCCAGCUCCAGUGUGACUGGGGUGUUCUUUCCACGAUGGCUCCAUUCCCUUGUUCUCACGAGCCUCACCUCAGCGGUUCUCUGACUGUGGGGAGCAAGGAGGAAAGCUGUGCUAUUCCAACUAGUAACUUUUGACAGGCUUCCAUGUUAGUAAUGGUGCUUAAUGUAUGAAUUUCUCCUUGACCUUAGCCUGGAAUCAUCUAAGAAAACAGCUUAUGUUGAGCAAUACCUUAUUGCUCUUAUAACUUGUACAACUGGAAGCUAAUACUUCCUCUGUACGAAAGGAGAGGGCACAGCCUAAGCAGAUGUUUGGAGUAUUGACACUUCCUUCUCAGCUGCAGAUGCACCAGAUCAUUGGCUUAGGUUUAAUUUUAUAAGCCUUUUUCCAAAUAUUUGUUAACAGCAAAGUAUGGUUCUGCUUUCUUUAUUAAAAGGUUGCUUCUUAACACAUUGAA